CCCCGCCCCCGGCAGGGGACCUGGUGACGGGCGAGGGUCAUGGGGUGUCAGCGCUCCUGAGCGGCGAGCCCCACAGGGCCACGCGUCCCCUCGCGCUGCGGCCAGGAGCAGCGCGCCGCCCGCACUGCCCGCACUGCUCGCCCGCGCCCCGGCGGCGGCGCGGCCCAUGCGGCUGGGGACGAAGGCCGGGAGCGGGUGGCGGGCUCGGCGUCUCGGCGGCCGGGGCCUGGGAGGUGAGGGGGCGGCGGCGCGCCCGGCCCCGCGCCGUGAUUGGCCGCGCGCCGGCCGCGGCUGAGGCCCGGCGCCGGGCGGGGAGGGCAGGCGGAGCCCGCGGCCGCCGAGCCGGGAAGAUGCUGCUGUCCCUGGUGCUCCACACCUACUCCAUGCGCUACCUGCUGCCGGGCGUCGUGCUCCUGGGCUCGGCGCCCACCUACGUGCUGGCCUGGGGGGUCUGGCGGCUGCUGUCCGCCUUCCUGCCCUCCCGUUUCUACCAGGCGGUGGACGACCGGCUGUACUGGGUCUACCAGAGCAUGGUGCUCUUCUUCUUCGAGAACUACACCGGGGUGCAGAUAUUGCUAUAUGGAGAUUUGCCAAAAAGUAAAGAAAAUAUAAUAUAUUUAGCAAAUCAUCAAAGCACAGUUGACUGGAUUGUUGCUGAUGUCCUGGCCAUCAGGCAAAAUGCUCUUGGACAUGUGCGCUAUGUGCUCAAGGAUGGGCUGAAGUGGCUCCCGUUGUAUGGGUUUUACUUUUCUCAGCAUGGAGGAAUCUAUGUGAAGCGAAGUGCCAAAUUUAAUGAAAAAGAUAUGAGGAAAAAGCUGCAGAGUUAUGUGAACGCAGGAACUCCAAUGUAUCUUGUAAUUUUUCCAGAGGGAACCAGGUAUAAUCCCGGACAGACAGAGCUCCUUUCAGCUAGCCAGGCAUUUGCUGCUCAACAAGGCCUUCCAGUAUUAAAGCAUGUGCUGACACCAAGAAUAAAGGCAACUUACGUUGCUUUUGAUUCUAUGAAGAACUACUUAGAUGCGAUUUAUGACGUUACAGUGGUUUACGAAUGGAAAGACAAUAAAGGACAGCGAGAAGAAUCACCGUCCAUGACAGAAUUUCUCUGCAAAGAAUGUCCAGCGAUUCAUAUUCACUUUGAUCGUAUAGACAAAAAAGAUGUCCCAGAAGAACAAGAAUAUAUGAGAAGAUGGCUUCAUGAACGUUUUGAGAUAAAAGAUAAGUUGCUCAUAGAAUUCUUUGAUUCACCGGAUCCAGAAAGAAGAAACAAAUUUCCUGGGAAAUGUAUUCAUUCCAAACUAAGUCUCAAGAAGACGUUGCCGUCACUGCUGAUCCUGAGUGGAAUGACCGCUGGCUUGCUGAUGACGGAGGUGGGGAGGAAGCUGUAUGUGAACACGUGGCUCUGUGGGACCCUGCUGGGCUGCCUGUGGGUCAGCAUCAGAGCGUGAGCCUAUGGGCAGAGCCUGCUGCCCGCCUCUCCUCUCACUGCUGGCCACACAGUGCAUCAGCUUUUCCUGAGUUUAGUAACAAGUGUAAAUAAAGCCUUGUUGAUUGAACAUUGGAUAAGAUAGAAUUUGUGGCUAAAGCCGAUAUGCAGAUGAUCUUGGGCAAACAUACAUGGUUUUCAGCUCUAGUAAAAGCCCAGUGGAGCUUAUGUGCUCCUUAGCCUCCUGUGAGCUAAUGUCAGCUUCCGAAGAUUAAUAGGAUCGUAUAAUUUGACAUUGUUUUGUAAUUCAGAUGGCUGUAUUUUUUAACAUUAAUUUGCAGCAUAUUUCACUAUAUUUGUUAUUUCCAGUUUUUUUACGACCUGAUAGCUCCAAACUCUUAUCACUGUUUAGUAUCUUACAGCUAUGCAAUACUUGGCUUUUUCUUACUUUCUGCAAACCCAUGAAAGAAAUUGAAUUUAAGUAUGAAGACAUUCAAGGAAAAGGGCAAGAAAUGUUCAUGGGGAGAGAAAUUCUGUUCAGUGAGUGUUUUUAUUGUAUUGUGGUAUUAGCUGAUUUUACUUUAUAUUGAAAAAUAACUAAUGUUUCUAAUAUUUAUUGAAAUCACUUAAUUUGCAUACCCUAUACUCUGCAUAAGAGAAUAAUGUAUCAAAUAUCAGAAUGAAGUUUAAGUUAAAAUUGCGACUGAUUAAUUACAACAGAACUUGAAAUUGCCCAGCUUUUGAAGAUUUAAGCUACACUAUUAGUACUUCCCAACAUCUGUGCCAUAAGUGCUUGAAAACAUUGUUUCCUGUUAUUUUUUAUAUCAGUAAUUACUGUGAGCCUUGUUUGGAUCCGGAGUCCACAGAUAUUUGAGAUGAUUGGAGCCCACAAACAUUACGACUCCAUUUGCUAGCAUGUGCCUUUUGCCUCUUUCUCCUUGAUUUAGCAAACUGUUCGAUUCAGACACCAUUUCUAUGCUAUCUUGGUAGUUUGCACUGUGCCCUCUUCGUUUCUCUGGGACCCCUUCAGAGGUGCUGCUCCAUCCACAGCUUGCACAGUAGACCAGCAGCGACGGGCAGCCAGCCGUGGGCCUGGCUAGGAGGUGAACUCUCCAGGCCUCCUGAGUGAGCUUCCUGGACUCCUGCAGAGGCAUCUCGCCCUUGUUCAGUGUCAAGAACUCUCUUCAUCACAUCAUUCAUCAGGACUGCGUGGAUUUGGGUCUUUUCCGAUGGUUUUAAUGGAGCUACAGAGUGAGAAUAAGAGCUACCUUCCAGGAACCAAAUCACAGUUUUCAGUCAUGGAAAGACAUAGCCCAUGGAAGAAGACCUUUUUAAAGUGUGAUCUGCUCUGUUUUUAUGUUGUGAUUUAAAUACGACUGCCUACUGGUCUUUUAAGAUAACAGUUCUGCUUUCUGUUGGUUAAUGUUUGUUGCAAAAUUAUUUAGUGACCCAGAUGACACACACCAGUUGAAUUAUGAAAAGCAAAAUGGAAAAAAAAAAUCAAGGGAAGUUUUGUCUGACUGUCUUCCGUUACUUUUCCCAAACCAGAGAAUACGCCAUCUCAUACAAUACCUUUGAAGAGUAGCGUGGUGCGAAUCGGUUUCUGUUCGUUGGUACGUCUGUGAAUAAAACGUCCAUAUGCCCAUAUUCCCACAGAAGACAGUCAGCCUCACUGCAAAUGGAGGCCUGGGUCAUACUUGUGAGAAGGUCCUCCUGCUGAAUUGCCUUUUUCUCUUACGUGUAAAGUGAAAUUUAAAUUAAUCCCAUGUCUUUGUUAAAUCCUUUUUUUUAAACAGUCUUAAUUUUAGAGCUGAUUUCUGAUUAGAUCAAAAUGAAUUUAAGUUGUGGAACUUGGAAUAUCAUGGAUAUGCUCCAUAUUUAAAUUUUAAGAGACAAUACCAUUAGAAUUAUGUGGAUUAUAACUGAUUUUAACAAGGCAAAGUGACCUUCAUAAGGUCACUUGAAUAUGGUGUUUCUUAGGACUGUACUUAACUCUCUUCUCACAAAAGAUCACUAAAACACGGGAGUUGGAAACAUUUUUGUAUCAAAAUGUUUAAAAAGUCAGAAACUUAACAUGUAUUGAUAUUGACUUGAAUUAACUGUUUCUAAAAUUAAAAACCGUAUGCCUACCUAUAAAUCUUUUCACAUGUCAUUUAAGCUUUCAUUGUAUUAUUGAUGAUUUACAGCUUACUUUACUUAUUUUUUUCCUUUUUAAGAAUGCCAUCAUUGUGCAUGCUUUUAUGUUUUUCAGCAAAGGGUGUGUUUGGAUGAAAGUAAAAAAUAAAGUAAAAUCUUUCACUCUC